UGCACCGGCUCGAGAAGGCAGCCGUCAAGGUCCAGGCCUGGUGGCGUGGCAACAGGGUGCGCCGGACGCUGCUGCACGGGGCGCUCCGGGCCUGGGUCAUCCAGUGCUGGUGGCGCUCGGUGCAGGCCAGGAUGCUGGAGCAGAGGCGGCGCCUGGCGCUGAGGCUCUACACCUGCCAGGAGUGGGCGGUGGUGAAGGUGCAGGCCCAGGUGCGGAUGUGGCAGGCCCGCCGGCGGUUCCUCCGGGCGCGGCAGGCGGCCUGCGUCAUCCAGUCCCACUGGCGCUGGCAUGCCAGCCAGACCCGAGGCCUGAUCCAGGGCUGCUACGAGGUCAAAGCCAGCCAGCUGCAGCUGGACAUCGAAAUCCUCAUGACCUAGGGCGCCCGCAGAGCCCAGGAGGCUGGAUCUCUCUUCCAAUAAAGAUACUUACUGACCA